CCCCGGACACGCCCCUCUGGUCCGGACACGCCCCGCCAGCCCCGCAGCCGCCGCUGGGAGUCCCGCGCUCCCGCUGGCCCGGAAGGUCCGAAGCAGUGGGACGCCGGGAUCCAGAAGCAGAACUGCACGUGGCUCCUGGUGACACACGAGACCUGUGACAAGGGCGACGUGAUGACAGCACUGGAGAAAGCCACUGGUGACGUUGUGCUCAAGUUUGAACCUUUUGUUCUUCAUGUGCAAUGUCAAGAGCUGCAAGAUGCUCAGCUUCUGCAUUCGGUGGCUGUCAAUUCUGGGUUCAGGAACUCUGGUAUUACAGUUGGCAAAGGAGGAAAAAUCAUGAUGGCUGUCCGGAGCACUCAUUGCUUAGAAGUUCCAUUGUGCCACAAGGGGAAGUUGAUGGUCUCUGAAGAAUAUAUUGAAUUUCUGAUAAAUGUAGCUAAUCAGAAAAUGGAAGAAAACAUCAAGAGGAUUAACAGGUUCUACGAACGCUUAGAGUCAGCUUUGAACGCUGCCGUCAGUGCAAACAGCUCGUCCUCCCAGGAGACGGGGAAGAAUCGCUCCGUGUACGUUCACAGAAGAAAGAGAAAGACCAUCCAAGAGCAAGGUGUGUGCACGUCUCCAGAGGAUCACAACACAGAAUCGGAGCCCCAGGAUGGUGCAGAAAGCAGUCUGGAUAUUUUUGCUGAAAUCAUGAUAGCAGACUAAGUGUUUGAAAGCAAGUUGCAAACGGAAUAAUAAUUGUAAUGCUCUUUGUAAGAGAUAUAGAUACUGCUGUAAGUAGUAACACUCUCAUGGACCCUUACCAGAAAAAAAAGGUAAUUGAACAGAACUGUGAACAUGUUUAAUGCCACAGAAGCACAGAGAACAAAACUUUAGGAUGUUUUGGAAUUUUUUUUAACAGCACUGUUGAAUUAACAAUCUUUUACUCCGUCAGUUACCACAGAAAUAACUGGUUUGCUGCAGCCUUUGGCCAUGUUCUCCAUGGCAGCAUUUCACUUCCAAAUGCUGGAUUUAGGCCCUCUGGUAUUUUGCAGACCCAAGAAACUAAAAGCUGGGUUGUUAUCCUUGGAGGUUUUUAAUCCCUGUAGGAACUCCAGAAAGCAGUGUGCAGCAGUAUUGAUGGCCCCUUCAAACAACACAAAGCCGCAGAGUCAGCUGAGGAGCAGUGUCUGGUGUGAGGCUGGACAGAGGAGCAGCAGCUCGUCCUGCUCUGUGCAUCUCCAACCUGGAGCAGUCAGGAUCCCACUGGGCACACAGCUGGUGCCGCUCUGCUGCGCUUUGCUGUGUCAGGCUCCAGCCCCGCUGUGUUGGUGUGUUCUGUGUGUUAUUUGUUCGCACCUUUCCACCAUCUCGGUUUGGUGUGGGCAGCACCCACAUUGCUCCCAGUGCUGGGCAGGUCAGCCCAGCUCUGCAGCAGCAUUUGUUCUACCAGGCCAAGGACCACUGGCAUGCAAUAAAAAAUGUACAACUGUGAUUGUUUGUGCAUUCCUGUGUUGCACCAUGGGAAAAGUCACUCCAUACUCAUGUAUUUUUCAGAAAAAUGGUGGAUUUGUAAGCCUUAGCAACAAUGAAUUCUGAGGACUUCCCUCUGGGUCUGUGUGAUGGUUCACACCACACAAGACCCUGACUGAAGGAAAUGGUUUAUUUGGAACAGUAACUCCAGUUCACACAGGUCCUUGUUUCCAUUACAUAAGCCUAUAUCUUGGGGACAUUUUAAUUCCACUGUAAAAAUUUGACAUACUUGGUGGCAGCCAAAGGGGAAAGUAAUGGGGGGCUUUAAAUAGAUUCUGAAAGAUGUGUUAGGCUGUGUUUUCAGUAGCAGGUGUGCCAAAAAAAAAUAAACCUGAGCCUUUUGUGUUGUUUGUUCAUGUUACUGA